UCUUGUGGUUUUAUUUUUCAUAUACUCGCUCUGAAUCGCAGUUAUUUCACUCAUAUUUCUGACUAAUCCUCAGGUGUUUGUUAACCCCUCUGUUCCCUCCGUGCACCUCUGGAUGUGUUCAGAGCCGGGACCGGAAGUCGCGCAGGGUUAUCCGUGUGGCUUGACUGCGCUCUCUGUCCCGCAAAAUCCCGCAGCUGGCAUGAGUUUAGGAUCCGUGAGUGGAAAAAAGAGGGGGGAAUGAACAACACGCCGCCAGGAUUACGGUUGCUCAGGCCUCCUACAGUGAUAGGCCAGUUCCACACCUUGUUCUUCGGCUCCGUGCGGAUGUUCUUCCUGGGCGUCCUUGGCUUCGCCGUCUAUGGGAAUGAGGCGCUGCACUUCAGCUGCGACCCUGACCGCCGAGAACUCAACCUUUACUGCUACAACCAGUUUAGGCCCAUAACACCGCAGGUCUUCUGGGCAUUACAGCUGGUAACAGUCCUGGUUCCUGGAGCAGUAUUCCACCUUUAUGCCGCCUGUAAGAACAUAGACCAGGAGGAGAUCCUCGAGCGACCCAUCUACACAGUCUUCUACAUCAUUUCUGUUCUCCUGCGCAUCAUUUUGGAAGUCAUCGCCUUCUGGCUACAAAGUCAUCUCUUUGGCUUUCAGGUUCACCCACUGUACAUGUGUGAUGCCAGUGCUUUGGAAAAGGCUUUUAAUGUGACAAAGUGCAUGGUACCUGAACACUUUGAGAAAACCAUCUUCCUCAGUGCCAUGUACACCUUCACCGUAAUCACCAUACUUCUCUGUAUUGCCGAGAUAUUUGAAAUACUCUGCCGACGACUGGGCUAUCUCAACAAUCAGUGACACAAGUGCACAGAUAAAAUGACUUGUGGUAAACCUGUAUGACACCUUAUCUGCCAGUUAUACCGGGCUCCUGCCGGCUACGGCUGGACCUUUAUAAAACAGGGAGCGAACAGAAGACCAAAACCUCACCUGUGGUCAAUCGUGCACUAAGAAAUUUGAGACAGUCCAACAAUGUUAGAGCUGGCAAGUCUGAAAUAACCUCCAGAGUUUAACCAUAACUAUAGAGUGAUGAUCCCUGGUUGUAUAUCAGAUAUCAGUGGGUCUGUACUGGUUGUGUCCAAAGGUGUUGUGUGGCCAAUAGUUACCUCUCACUGAACACUUGGGGAUGGACUAGAAAGACUUUUGGUUUUCUUUUUUUUUCCUACAAGACAUGACUGAAUGACAGACUUCAUGGUGCUACUAAAAACUCUUUCCAGAUGGAUUACAGCCCAAUGUCAAACACCUCAAAGGCCCAUAACAAUCUUUUCUUGGAGUUGUACCUCAGAUCUGACUAUACAGAAGAAACCCCAGAAGCAUUAGCUGCACACAUUUUUUCUAGAGCGCUUUGAGUGCUCAGAUGAGUAGAAAAGUGCUAUAUAAGAACCAGUCCAUUUACCAUUUAAAGGGCCUAACAUGCACUAAAUGCAUCAUGGUUCAUCGAGCCAACUUGAUGCAUCCUCUGUGGACUCUGUUCACUUAUGGAGUGCCAACCUAAACAGUUCUUCUUACGGUGCAAAAAGAUCUGACUGGAAGGCGUAAGGUCUUCAUGUAAUGUAACUGUUAACAAUGCAAUUAACUGAAGAGCUAGUCACAUUAUUCUGUAUAAAGUGCAGAUGAACGUAACUGUCUAGCUUGCCUUUCAGGUGGCAACCACCAAACGUGACAGGCACAUCGCAGAGCUGGCCACAGAUUGUCACUCAUGCCAUGCAUAAGAAACUGUCAUCCAGUAACCUUACCCAUGGGCGAGUGAAUUGCAGGUGCCAUUGCUUCUGACACUUGUAUGUGUGACAGUUAUCGCUUACAAUGUGUGUCUGAUGUUGCUCAAGGUCUGUUUUGACCUUCACUUCAAUCAACACAAGCGCCACAACUUUGUUGUCAUUUCAUAUAGGAUGGUAGUUCUUAAACAACUUGAUCAUCAAGCUCAUGUGCCGGUUGAGCCUAAACAUAUGCUUGAGUUUACCUCAGUGAGAUUAAAAGGCAUCUUCAGACCACCGAUGCGUCUUACCAAAGAUGCCAUUGCUAAAAUGGUUGCUAUGUAGUGUUUUACUCUUCAAGGUAAAGAUCUGCCCAAAGAUGCAACUUAUUAUGAAAUGGGUUUGAUGCAAUGAACUACGAAAAGGAAAACACCUUGUAAUAUAUAUUUUUAAAAAACUUUAUCAAAAUCUAUCACCUGAAAAAUCUGAGUUAAAAAGCUACAAUUACAUUUGGCUGUAAAAAUGUGUUGAAAUGAAAAAUUUUCAGUUAUAUAGUAGUACUAAAGUUGUAAUGGUUUUGAAAUUUCUGAAACAAAGCAUCAAGCUCCAGUUAGAACAUUCAUAUGUUAAUUUUUUGUUAAUAGGUAUCUAAUAAAAUCCUACUGGCAGAUUUGUUGAAAUCCAAGCUGGAGAAGGUUCAAGCCAUUCAUGGUUCUGAACGUUCUGGGACACCAGAAAAGGUGUCCUCAGUCCCCCGCCUUUGCUUCACCCUUUUUUCUUUGCUUGAAGUAUUAAUACUUUCUGUAAUAUUUUCCUUUGGUGUCAUUGUCCAUGUAUUUUGAAAAAGAUUACCUCUCAUGUUUGUAAUGUUUUAUUUUUAAUCAGACAUCCAUCCAACUUUUGUUAUGAAGUUUUCAGCAAUCUGUUCAUCAUCUCAGGUACAAAAUUGCAUUACACGACAAAAGUGGAUCAAACGCUCUUUCCGAACCCUUUUAAACCCUUAACCCUUUUCCUCUCUCUGUGUCAUCACUCCAGUUGCAGGAUUUAGAAGGGUUUGAACCAGGUAUGUGACUCCUGUGAUUUGGGUUUGUCUGCGUUCUGGUAUCUGUGACUGGACGAUGGUUUUAAAUUUUGCCUCUAAAAGUUCUGUCACCAAGACUAAGGCCUGGUUUGUAUGAAAUUAACAACUGCAGAUGAAUUUGGCAGGAUAAAAGGUUUCGAGGUGGUGCAAAUAAUGAACAAAUCCAGGAAUCUCACUGGAUAAAAUGGGAUAAAACAAAUUUAAGUCCAUAGCAGUGGUCUCUCAGUCUACUGCUCAGGUAUACGAGGUGCUAUCCAAGAAAUUCAGAGACUAGGGUGAUAAAAGUAAAACCCAUACCUGAUUUAAAUGUAGCUACCGUCCCCUUCACAGUAGUCACCUGAUACAACGAUCCAUAGUUUCGGCUCGUUAACCACACCUGGAACACUCCCCGUAAGUCCCAUUUUUCUCAUUGGUGCUGCUUCCGUUCAAUGGUGCAAAUCGUUUCUUUCUUUCUUUUCACCUGCAAGGUAACACAGACUAGUGUAACAUUCACCUAAGCUGCUUCUGGCACCUGUUGCAUGUUAAGAAAAGAACUUCUGAGGGAGAAGUCAGUUUCUUUUACUAGACUGUACACAUUUACUUUCUGGUUACCAGACAAGCUGGCUAGUUUACUUGCAGUUAGCAAUGCAGCUACCUUAAACAGCUCAUGCUUUCUUUGUCCACUAGCUAGCAAGUUGCCAGAGCACAUCACAUUUCGAUAGGUUUUAAGCCUCUGUUCAUUUAGUGGGCUAGUUUCAGUCCUUGUGAAAGGUACUGUUUAUAAGGUUGGAGAAAUCUGUAGUCAGUUGAAACUGAAGAAGUCACCUGGAUGAGUGGCGCAAUGUUUCUCCCGCUGAAAACGCUAUGUUCAGAUGAACAGAAUCAACUUUUGGGGGUUUUAAGCCUCUAGUAAUUUCAGAGGGUUGUGUCAAUCUUUCUGGUGUGACCAGGCUAACAGGUUAGUUUCAUGCUAUCACCUGUAAUUUUGAAAAACAAACCCAGGACAUUUAAAAUCCACAAGAAGAAAAUGUUUUGCUCAGGUUGGCCAAAGUUCAGCGUUCACUUGUUAGCUUUUACCAUAAGCUAAUUUGGCAGGGUCAAACCUCGGGGCUAGUCUUGGUUAAGAGCUUAAUCAAAUUUGUACAUGAAGCUGUGUUUAUCUGUCUUUGAAUGAUUAACUUAGAAGAACUUGGAAAGCAGAGCUUGUUGUAUUUUUGCAAGGCUGAUUCACUGAUAAUUAACAGAACUGGAGAGAUUGGAAAUAUUGGGGGGUAUAUGUAAUAUUAAACAUAUAAUCCAGUUAUUAAAAAGGUGGCCACAAAUUCUCAGCUUGUUCUUUUAAUGAACUCAUGUAAAAGAAGUCAACGCGUCAGCAUAAAGUAGGGAGGUAUAUGGGUUAUGCAGCACCACUUUAAGCUAAUUUACUUCUUUUGGCCACUAAUAUCAGGGUCAUUUGUGGAAAUUCAGCUAUGGCACACAGAGUACACAACAAUGCAAAUUAAUCUUUAUUUUUUUAUACAAUUUUGAUUUUUACCAGUGAUGUUAUGUUAGUUGUUAAAAUUGAGUUGAGGUUUAUUACAUUUUUGACCACUGUUUGUCUCUAUAUGAAAAUAUUUUGUCAAAGAGGCAAAGUUUACAACCAGUGCAUCCAUAUUAAAACGGAAAUCUGUUUGCUACAGUUUACUGAAGGUGACCAGUAAAUUCUGACCUGUUUUGUCUUGAGAUGAUUAUUAAAAAGUCCUACAAUUGU